GUUCGGUCAUUAUUCAAACCCUGGAUCUGGAUCAUUUGCUCAUCAACGAUUAUAUAGGGGACGCUAGGACUCUAGCCCGUCUUCAUCUCAAACCACUACCUUUCCAUCCUCCAUUUCAGCAUAAGGCUCCAUACGCCUUACAUACUUAUCUAUCAUUCAAAUAAGACAUGUCUUCUUCACUUAACCUCCUCCCCCAUCUCAUCAGCGGCCUAGCAAUCACGUCCCUCUCAGCCGCCGCAAUCACCUGCCCCGAAGAAGACAUCGUCGUCACCCAAUGUGUAGACCCCGAGGACUGUGUCUACCCGAACCCCAACAACUGCGACAGUUUCAUCGCCUGUAGGGUAAACUCCAACGGCAAGAACGGUACAUCCUCGGUGCUACCCUGUCCAUCUGGCUUGGAGUGGAACUACAACGAGAAGAUAUGUGACUGGCCCGUAAACUCGACCUGCAAGAAUAUCGUGCAGGAGACUCUUGAUACUGCGAAGGAGGUGUUGCCGCCGGCAAAUGGAGAGAAGGAGAAUGGGUUUGAUUGUGAGGGGGAGAAGAAGGGACAGAGUUGCGAGUCUGAGCUUGAGUGUAUUUAUGCGAAUCCGAACGAGAAGACGUCGUAUUUUCAGUGUACUAGUGGGACUGUGUAUGUUGUGAAGUGUGAGGAUGGGUUGUACAGUGAUGCGAUUAAGGCUUGUGAAUGAUUCUGGAAUUACAUUGGACACGAGAAAUAAGGAACUCUUAUUAAUGUCAAAAUGCUA